GUCAAGUCAAUUUUAUAUACUUUUUGUUGUCCUCUGCUUUUCUCUUUGUCGUCUUUGCUUUGGAAAGCAAAAGCUUACUUGUACAAAACCGAUCAGCCUCUUCAAUAAUACGAUGAGUAUGUGAGAAGAAGUUGAGUGACGACCUUCUCAUCACAUCGGCGGAGAUGGUGAUGGACAACAGGGCUGAGGCUGAGUACACGAGGGCUAAAACGUCGGUUUGGUGGGACAUUGAGAACUGUGCUGUUCCCAGGGGUUGUGAUGCUCAUGGGAUCACUAAGAAGUUAAGCGCAGCGCUGGCUAAUAUGAAUUACUGUGGUCCUCUCUCUAUCUCUUCCUAUGGCAACACAGAUCUCAUCCCUAAAGCUGUUCAACUAGCUCUCUCCUCCACUGGAAUCUCUCUUAACCACGUCCCCUCCGGAAGGAAAGACGCGAGUGACAAGAAGAUUCUGGUGGAUAUGUUUUUGUGGGUGGUGGAGAAUCCUCCUCCGGCUAAUAUAAUGCUUAUCUCCGGUGACAUAGACUUCUCUGAUGCUCUUCACCGGCUGCGAAUGAGAAGAUACAACAUUCUUCUAGCACACCCUCAAAACAUUUCACCUUCCCUGGUUGCUUCUGCUAAGACCUCAUGGCUCUGGAGAAGCUUAUUAUUAGCAAGUGGGAGUUCUCUCACACAGUGUGGAUCCUCAGGGGUACUUGACGGUUCUGAAAUAACUAGUGAAGAUGUUUCUGAACAUGUUUUGUCCACACAAGCAAUGGACUCAGGGUCUGGUUCUAGUAAGGCUGCGCGAAGUAAACUCAAAGGAAUCUAUGUCCCAAAAGCACCAAAUGAGCUCUUAGUAAAGGAGGCAAAUAGAAAGAAGCUUCAGAAGAAAUGUAGUGAAACUAAAAACGUUGAAGAAAGUGUUCAAAACAAUGACCAAGAGUCUUUGAAGUGCUUGGAGAAACAGAACAAAGAACUGAUGGAGACUAUUACAACAUCUGAAAGAAAUGUAGCUCCUCUCCAUGUAGAUCAUGUCUACAGUGAACUAAGCCGCGACUUUCCGGUGCCCAAAGAAGUGAGCAGAGAGAGUUUUGAUGCAAUCCCCAUGAAAUUAGAACCUACACAAAAUGAGAUUGUGAUCGAGGAGUUGGAAGGCAUGCUCAAACAGAUCUUACAAAUAAAGUCAGGUGAGCCAGAAACUGCACCUGCAGGCCUGAGUGAGAAUCUAAAGGAGGACAUGAACAAGAAGAAGAAAAAGAGGAACAAGAAGAAGAGUAGAGUGAUUGAAGAAGAUAAAGCUGAACCCUAUGUUUGCAGUAUCUGCAGUGUUAUUUGUGAUAGUCCUGCCAUAUUCGAGUCUCAUCUUAAUGGUCGUAAGCAUGCUGCCACGGUUGAGAAGCACGCAGAGGCUCUACUUGGUGAUAAGCAAAUACCAUAUGAUGUUGUUCAACAUAAUGGUCACUUGAUAGAUGGAGAGGCAUCAGAGAAUAUCGACUACUUUGAAGACGUACCAGAGAUUGAUUACAAACCUCUUCCAAAUGAAGAAGCUAGGGAAUGGAUUGAUGCAAUUUUCAACACACCAGAGCUUUCACAAGAUGCAAAUCUAACCCUGGAGUUUGAGAGUAUGCUAAACCAAAGCCUGGAGAUGAACUCAGGCGACUAUGAAGGAGUCACUGAGGUUCCAGAUGAGUUAAAGGACAAGGACAUGACUAAAGAUAAAGCUGAACCUGAAGCAUACGUGUGUAGUAUCUGCAGUGUGGUAUGCACUUGUCCAACUGUCUUUGAGUCUCAUCUGAUGGGUCGAAGGCACGCUGCUAAGGUAAAGAAGCAUGCAGAGGUUCUCUUUGAUGAUAAGAAGGUUCUAGAAGAAAGCCUUAAAGAAAAAGAUCAUCCAAGAGACGCACAAGAGAGUAUCACGAACCCAAGUGUUGAGUUUCAAGAACCCAAAGAAGCAAGGGAGAGACUUGACUCAGUGGUCAAGAGAAUAGAACUUUCACUAGAGGAUACGUCAAAGCAGGCGGUGGUUGAAGCUGGAAGCGCACCUGAGCGUGUGGAGGAUGAGAAUGGAACUCAAAUUAGGGUUUGCGAUUGGUGCAACGUGACGUGCAGUUCCCAAAUGGAUUUUAAUUCACAUAUGACAGGUAAGAAGCAUGCUGCCACUGUGAAAAAGCGUGAACCCGUUGUGAAGAAGCAUGAUGCCGUGGUGAAGAAGCAAGCUGGGACCAAAUUUGCUUAUGUUAGAAAGAAUGGGCCUUAACUGGGCCUUUGUAUUUUCCCGCCCUCAAUAAUUAUCCACUGGGCCUAUGUGGUUGACAAACAAAAUACUGUGAUUAAUGGGCCACUUAAGGUUUGGGGUUAUUUAAAUAAUUGUGUGUAUUUUUCAAAUAAAAGGCUUAUGAUUAAAAUGUAAAAUCUAUCGCAAGUUUGAUUCA